CAUUCGCCCUGGCUUUUUCUUUUGGGCUUCGUCGCUUUCCCCGCGCUUUCUCCCUCUCAUUCCUGCAACAUCGUACCCCUCAGCGAUUGCAACCCGAACAAGAAGCCUCCAAUACCACAAGCCACCGCUUGAUCUCGCUUGCUCCACGUCAUGUCUGAUCCAUUCAGCAUCAUCGCCGGUGGGUGCGGGCUCGCGGUCCAGAUCGUCGAUGUAGGGAUCAAGAUCAAGAAACUCUACGAGCAAUUCGACGGCGCGCCGUCCCUAGCCAUCCCCAUCGACGACCAGGCCGACAUCCCGCCCCAAACCGCAGCGGUUCUCGCCUUUUCCAAGGCCUACUGUCAAAAGGUUUUGGAGGAGCUACAGGGCGUGGCGGGGGAGCUUCACGCGCAGCUCGAGAAGGCCCAGGGUCGCGGAAGCGCCCGGCGCCGGUUUGCAACUCUAAAGAUUGUGCUCAAGAAGGAUGUCUUGGCUCAGCAUGAGGCUCGCCUGGCCCGGGCGAGCGGUUUUUUGAUGCAAGCCAAGCUCUCGUACAUCAUGUGA